AUGCCCACUAUAAAGUUAGCAGAUUAUAAAACGAUAGCAAAUCUUGGAUCAGGCAAGUCUGGGAAGGUUAUCCUGGUCGAAUCAGUCCAGACAAAACUUCAAUACGCUGUCAAGGUCAUAAGCCUCAAGGAGAAGAAACCUUCAAUUGAUUUCUAUAACUACAACAACUUGAGUCGCAUCCAGAAUGAAGUCAAGCUGCUUACUUUAAUCAACAAGUACCAUCAUGAAAAUAUACUGGAAUUCAUUGGAAUGGUCCAAUCAAGCAGCAAUAACUAUAUAUUCCUAGAGUUUUGUGCCCAAAGGGAAUUGUCUCCUUCGCUUUUUCGAAAGCUCACAAUGGUCGAAAGCCUGUCUUAUGUUAGGCAAUUGGUUAAUGGUAUUCUUUUCAUUCAUCAAUUGUCAAUAAUUCAUAGAGAUUUGAAGCCAAGUAAUAUUUUAAUCAAUGAAGCAGGGACAUUAAAGAUUUCUGAUUUUGGCAUCUCUUACAAACUAACCAAUGAUGACAAGAUAGAUCGCUUUGAACUGAGCAAUUUAGUUGGAACCCCGUUAUUCGUUGGGCCAGAGCUCGUCAAUUUCAACAACACAAAAAUGCAUUUGGGGUUUCCCAUCGAUUACUGGGCUUUUGGAAUUACUUUAUUUUACCUGUACUUUGAUUAUUUUCCAUUUUUUAAUGAUAACGAAUACAAGCUGUUCAAUGAUACCUUAACUAAGGAGUUAGAGCUUCCGCUGUAUGAAGAACUUACCACUACCGACCGAGAUUCUCAAUUUUUCAGUUACUUACUUCGAAUUAUAUCAGCUCUACUGAACAAAGAUCCAACCGAAAGACUCUCAUUGAACCAACUACAGCACGAUGAAUUCCUACUGAACGGCAUGUCCAAGAAGGAAGUAAAGAGAUUUCUAAACUACAACAACACCCUGUUGCACCAUAAAUCUAGUCCGCUUUCAUUGUUCAGACUAAAACCAUCCAGAUCAAAGACCAGUAAAUUAAACAUAUCAAACCCCUUAAAGGAAACUUUUGAACACAUCAAAGACAAUCAUUUAUCCUCAAUUGAUCAAGCCCAUAAACAGCGCUUCCAGUUGAAUGAGUCUUCCGUUUCACUUCCUAUCAAACCAAAUUCUAUGACGAUAUCACCAUUGAAAAACAGGUUUGAUGAUACACUAUUCAAGAGGUCACCCUCUCCAUUGAAGGCGCCUUCUGUGUUUCCCAAACCCACCAUUGCCAUUCAUCCUGAAGAAAGAACCUCUAUGCAUACCCUCCCCAACGAUCUUUCAGAAUUGAGCCCUCAAUACCAAACCAACUUAAUAAAGUCCAAGGGUUAUAACAAUUUGAACAAUGUCCUGAAAAGUCAGGCGCCCCACUUUCUAGACAUGAAUGAAUACUGGGAUCAAGUGGAAAGAAAUCACGAACAGAGUUAA